CGGUUCCUAUGAGGCUCUGAAAGGCGGGAACACUACUGAGGCCAUGGAGGACUUCACAGGAGGGGUGACUGAGUUUUUUGAGAUCAAGGAUGCUCCCAGAGACAUGUACAAGAUCAUGAAGAAAGCCAUCGAGAGAGGCUCCCUCAUGGGCUGCUCCAUUGAUGAUGGCACAAACAUGACCUAUGGAACAUCACCUUCUGGACUGAAAAUGGGGGAGUUGAUUGCGCGGAUGGUGAGGAAUAUGGAUAACUCGCAGCUCAGGGACUCAGACCUCAUCCCCGGAGGCUCAGAUGACAGACCGACCCGGACAAUUGUUCCGGUUCAGUAUGAAACAAGAAUGGCUUGCGGGCUAGUCAAGGGCCAUGCCUACUCUGUCACUGGGCUGGAGGAGGCCCUGUUCAAGGGAGAGAAGGUGAAGCUGGUGCGGCUGCGGAACCCCUGGGGCCAGGUGGAGUGGAACGGCUCCUGGAGUGAUGGUUGGAAGGACUGGAGCUUUGUGGACAAAGCUGAGAAGGCUCGUCUGCAGCACCAGGUCACUGAGGAUGGAGAGUUCUGGAUGUCGUAUGACGAUUUCAUCUACCAUUUCACGAAGCUGGAGAUCUGCAACCUCACAGCCGAUGCCCUAGAGUCCGACAAGCUGCAGACGUGGACAGUGUCCGUGAAUGAGGGCCGCUGGGUGAGGGGCUGCUCUGCCGGAGGCUGCCGCAACUUCCCAGACACUUUCUGGACCAACCCACAGUACCGUCUGAAGCUCCUGGAGGAGGACGAUGACCCCGACGACUCUGAGGUGAUCUGCAGCUUCCUGGUGGCCCUGAUGCAGAAGAACCGGCGGAAGGACCGGAAGCUGGGGGCCAACCUCUUCACCAUUGGCUUUGCCAUCUACGAGGUUCCCAAAGAGAUGCACGGGAACAAACAGCACCUGCAGAAGGACUUCUUCCUGUACAAUGCCUCCAAGGCCAGGAGCAAAACCUACAUCAACAUGCGAGAGGUGUCCGAGCGCUUCCGCCUGCCUCCCAGCGAGUACGUCAUUGUGCCCUCCACCUAUGAGCCCCACCAGGAGGGAGAAUUCAUCCUCCGGGUCUUCUCCGAAAAGAGGAACCUCUCUGAGGAAGUUGAAAAUACAAUCUCCGUGGAUCGGCCAGUGAAAAAGAAAAAAAUCAAGCCCAUCAUCUUCGUUUCGGACAGAGCAAACAGCAACAAGGAACUGGGUGUGGACCAGGAAUCAGAGGAGGGCAAAGACAAAACGAGCCCUGAUAAGCAAGAGAAAUCCCCACAGUCACGGCCUGGCAACACUGACCAAGAGAGUGAGGAGCAGUUGCAAUUCCGGAACAUUUUUAGGCAGAUAGCAGGCGAUGACAUGGAGGUCUGUGCAGAUGAGCUCAAGAAUAUCCUUAACACGGUUGUGAACAAACAUAAGGACCUGAAGACUCAAGGGUUCACGCUGGAGUCCUGCCGUAGCAUGAUUGCCCUCAUGGAUACAGACGGCUCUGGGAGACUGAACUUGCAAGAGUUCCACCACCUCUGGAAGAAGAUUAAAGCCUGGCAGAGAAUUUUCAAACACUAUGACACAGACCAGUCUGGUACCAUCAACAGCUAUGAGAUGCGAAAUGCAGUCAAUGACGCAGGUUUUCACCUCAACAGCCAGCUCUACGACAUCAUUACCAUGCGCUAUGCAGACAAACACAUGAACAUCGACUUCGACAGCUUCAUCUGCUGCUUCGUCAGGCUGGAGGGCAUGUUCAGAGCUUUUAAUGCAUUUGACAAGGAUGGAGAUGGUAUCAUCAAACUCAACGUUCUAGAGUGGCUGCAGCUCACCAUGUAUGCCUGAACCAAGCUGGCCUCAUCCAAGGCCAUACAGAUCACUCAGGAUAUCCAUUUCAUCCAAUAUAGCUAGAGCCACUUACCUCAAAGGACACUGUAGCUGCGCCCUGCCCGGCCCCCCAGCAAGCCUCCAGGCACCUCAUCGGUCUUGUUCCUCCUCUGCUUCACUCCCCACUCGGCCUCAGGGCAUCUGUCCAUCUGUCACGCCCACAUUGACCCUUCAGUUAAGAAAUGAGAGAGAAUAAUUUUGUCCUUUUGCCACAUGGAGCCAAGUGUCUGUCUGCCUCAGCAAGUUGUAGCCCAGCUGAGACGUUUGCUCAGGAUCUGAGUGGCCUCAGCUCUGAAGUAAAUGCUCUCCUUAGCUUGCCCUAGGCUGUUCACAGAAGCAUUUGCCAAUGGCACUCAGCACUUCCUGUGCUAGUGUCCUCCAUCGCCUUCGUGUCACCCAUGGGACGGUAACCAAACUAGCACUUGGUUCUGUCUCAUUGUUUCAGGAUGGGCCUGCUCCGGGAUAAACUAGCUCAGUGGAAGAGGGCUGGAUACUUUGGGCUGUCUGACUCAUAAGUUUGGCUGCAUUCUGAAAAAGAGUUGAUCUAAAUAAAGGCAUGUGUAUGGCUGGUUCA